CUGCGUGUGAAGGUGUUAAGCGGAGGAAGUCUUUCAAUGCUGUUUGUUUUCUGUUCAGCUCGCUGCAUUAACUGGAACCACAGACUAGAUGUCAGACCAGCUUCCUCCUCUACAUGUGAUUAAGAAUCCCCCAGAACAACAUAGUGAGAGAGGAGAGGACUCACUAUGAAUUUAAGAUCAGCAGCAAGAGGAUUUCUAGCUUUCCUUCUGUCAGUACCAGCGCUUCAGGGUAAUGGUGACUGGAGAGUUACAUACUCAUCUAGUAAUGUCUGUGCUUUAAGAGGAGCAACGGUUGACAUCAGCUGCACUUAUGAAUACCCUGACAACGGACCAUACCGCCCUAACACAGUCAAACCACUGUGGUUCACUAAAGCAUCAAACUAUCAGCCUAUUGUUCUGGAACACGAUACAGAGUAUACAGGUCAUGUUGAAUCCAGCUGUGGAGAGGUCAACUGUACCGGGGCCAGAUGUCAUGGAACAUGUACACUGAGAAUCAAAGACCUGAGACAGAGUGACUCUGAUGUCUACAAGUUUAGGUUAACAACAAACCAACCAGGUGGGGAAUAUACUGGUGACCCUGGAGUGACGUUAUCUGUAACAGACCUCCAGGUGAAGGUGUCCUUUCCUGACCCUACCGAUCCUACCUGGACAAAGCUGGAGUGUCACAGUAUGUGUGGUCUAGCUGGUGACCCUCGCUACAUCUGGUUCAAGAAUGGAAAGAAGGGAAGACAGGGGGUGAACUACAAGGGCCACAUUCAGUCUGGAGAGAACUAUUCAUGUGCUGUUGAAGGAUACGAACGUCUCCGCUCUCCUUUAGUGUACGCUCCAAAGACCCCCUCAGUGACCGUGAGUCCCUCUGGUGAAAUAAAGGAGGGCAGUUCAGUGACUCUGAGCUGCAGCGGUGAUGCCAACCCAGCAGCUAACUACACCUGGUUCAAGGUUAUAAAAGGUCCUUUCUCCACAAACUUGAACCAGGGACCAAAGCUUGUUUUUAAACAGAUCCUGAGGUCAGACUCUGGACAAUACUACUGUCUAGUUCAGACUGAGCUAAGGCAAGCAUCUAACUGGAUCACUAUUCACAUGAAAUAUGGGCCUAAACACACUUCUGUUUGUUCAGAUCCUUCUGGUGAAAUAGAGGAGGGCAGUUCAGUGACUCUGAGCUGCAGCAGUGAUGCCAACCCAGCAGCUGAGUACACCUGGUUCAAGAUCAACCAACCUCUGCUCUGGGAACCAAGUCAACGUCAUACCUUCCCCUCAGUCCGCCCUGAAGACAGAGGAACGUACGGCUGUCACGCAGAGAACAAAUAUGGACAACUGAGCUCUAACUCGAUAUUCUUAAAUGUUACAUGUGAGUUGACAAUCUGA